CGGCGGUGCCGAGGGGACCAGCCAUUUUGCUUAUGGAAAACAAUGUGACAUAUUAUGCUGUGCUGUACCGGGGAAUAAACAAAAAUCCCGUCGGGGGACACAGCAGAAGCGGGCAUAUAAACUCUUGCAUGCGAAUUAAAUUAAUUUCUCGAGAGAAACUUUCAUAAAGGGCUAAAUCAACAAGGUCUACACAUACAGAAAUUUCUUACUUCUGCUGCAUUUGAGACACAACUAAACUCGUCUGUCUGGAAAUCUGAAGACUUUUAUAGCAAAACCUCCAGUGUCAAAAUGAACACAGAUAGCGGUGGGUGUGCUCGCAAACGUGCUGCAAUGUCUGUCACAUUAACAGCUGUGAAGAGAGUUCAGAGUUCUCCAAACCUAUUGGCCUCAGUAUUGGAUAUUUCUUUUUCAGGAUCUGAUUCUCAGUCUCCAGAUUCAGCUUGGAGAUCUUACAAUAAUGGAAGUAGAGAGACACUGAAUGGAGACGCUAGCAGUUCAUCUCUUUCAGCAAAAGGUUUUAGGAGUGUGCGGCCAAAUCUACAGGAUAAAAAAUCACCAACUCAGGCUCAGAUCACAGUGAAUGGGAAUUCUGGCACUGCUGCCAGCCCAGUGAGUCACUUUCAAAGGCCUUUUUCCCCUUCUUCAGCUUACCCUCCACCAGCUUCGCUCAAUUCCAACAUUGUUAUCAUGCAGCAUGGCAGGAUGAUGGAGUCCACAGAGACAUACUCACAGCAUGUUCAGAAUGUUGGCAGCAGCACCACCACCAGUACAAUACCAAUCUGUAGAACCUCAGAAGAAGAAAAAAAAAUUACAGUAAUUAAAGCUCCACAUUAUGCAGGGAUUGGCCCGGUAGAUGAAUCUGGAAUCCCUACAGCAAUUAGAACGACAGUUGACAGGCCAAAGGAUUGGUACAAGACAAUGUUCAAGCAAAUCCAUAUGGUUCAUAAACCUGAUGACGACGCGGACUUUUAUAAUACUGCAUAUGCAUACGGUACUGGUAGCUACAGUCCAUCCUUCUCUGCUCAGGCACAUCCAGCUGCAAAGACACAGACGUACAGACCCUUGUCUAAAAGCGCUUCUGACAGUAGCUCCGAUGCCUUUAAGGUCUCGUCCCCUUUACCACCCCCACAUGUGCCACCUCCAGUACCCCCACAUCGUCUGAGGCAAAGGUCUACACCAGAAAAAAAUGACUGGGAUCCUCCUGACAGAAAGGUAGAUACUCGCAAGUUCCGUUCUGAACCAAGAAGUAUUUUUGAAUAUGAGCCAGGAAAGUCAUCAAUCCUUGAACAUGAAAGACCGACUGAUCGCAUAAACCCUGAUGACAUAGAUUUAGAAAACGAACCCUGGUAUAAAUUCUUUUCAGAACUGGAAUUUGGACGUCCGCCACCUAAAAAGAUUUUGGACUAUUUUCAAGAAAGUUCUUCUGGUGUUUCCAAUGAGGCUUCCUUAUAUCAUCACUAUUCAACAGACAGAGGCCUGGACAGGCCCUGUAGUUCUGCAAGUACUGCGAGUGACUUCAGAAAGCGAAGGAAGUCAGAACCUGCUGUAAGUCAUCAGAGGGCACACAGUGAUCAGAAUGCAAACAGAUCUAACCUGGGCCGUACAGACACACAAGGCCCAUGUACCACCCUUAGAAAGCCUUUAACUAGCUCGUCUCCUUCUUCCCCAUCAAGAGCAAAAGGUGGGGAUAUUAGCAAAGUAUAUCCAUCCCUUUUAAGUUAUUCAGUGCACAACCACAACACCUCAAAUGAAUUAGAUUACUGUAGCACUUACAGGCAACAUUUAGCUGUUCCAAAUGAUUCAAGAAGGGCAAUUAGCUACAAGAAUGGCUGGCAAAUGACUCGCCAAAAUGCAGAAGUCUGGAGCAGCACAGAAGAAAAUGCUUCUCCAAAGAGAAAAUCUCGUAGCUGUGAUGAUCUGUUAACAGAUGAUCGUGAUAGCUUUCCUGAUGCACAGGCCAAGGCUGAGAGCAUGGGCUCUCUGUUAUGUGAGGAGGAUUCCAAAGAAAUUUGCUCAAUGAACUGGAACUCCCCAUAUGUUGAGGGCCGUGGUAGUGGUAGGUCGAGAGUUCGUCACAGAUCUGCACAUGAUGCUCCAGGUUUCCUGAAAAUGUACAAAAAGAUGCACCGCAUCAAUCGCAAGGACUUAAUGAAUUCUGAGGUGAUUUGUUCUGUGAAGUCCAGAAUACUGCAGUAUGAAAAAGAACAGCACAAAGGUAUUCUUCAAGGCUGGAGAGAGUCUUCUACUGAAGAGGUGCCCAGAGACAUGGUGCCAACCAGAAUAUCUGAAUUUGAAAAAUUAAUUCAGAAGUCAAAAUCAAUGCCGAACCUUGGUGAUGAAAUGUUGUCAACUGCUACAUUAGAGCCUCCUAAAAAUGGCUUGUGUCCAAAGAGGCGAUUUUCUAUCGAGUCCUUGCUGGAAGAAGAAACUCCAGUCAGACAUCCCUCUCAGGUACAACAGAGCUACAAGUCUAAAACCCUGGUGCCAAUUCAUAUUGAAGUGACCAGUGAUGAGCCACAACGAUCACAUAUAGAUUUUUCAGACAGUGAUCAAGAUGGAGUGGUUUCUGAUCUCAGUGACUUUAUCCAGAUAGAGGGUUCAUCCUUUUGUAGUGAAAGUGACUUCGAUCACUUUUCCUUCACAUCAUCUGAAAGCUUUUAUGGAUCAGGCCAUCACCACCACCACCAUCACCACCACCACAGGCAUCUCAUUAGCUCCUGCAAAGGGCGAUGCCCAGCAUCCUACACUCGCUUCACUACCAUGCUAAAACAUGAAAGGGCUAAGCAAGAAACCACUGAAGAUCCAAGGAGACAGGAAGCAGAAUCUGGCCUCUCUAAGAUAGCAUUCCUGGUCAGUCCAGUGCCUUUCCGGAGGAAAAAAAGUGCAGCUCCUAAAAAACAAACCGAAAAGAAAAAAUGCAAGUCAUCUGUAUUUGAAGCACUAGAUUCUGCACUUAAAGACAUCUGUGACCAAAUUAAAGCUGAAAAAAGACGGGGAAGCUUGCCCGACAACAGUAUAUUACACAGACUUAUUACUGAGCUGCUUCCAGACAUUCCAGAAAGGAAUUCAUCUCUUAAAGCUCUGAAAAAGAGUCCCAUGCACCAGCCUUUUCAUCCACUGCCUCAAGAUGGUGCUAUCCAUUGUCCACUGUACCAGAAUGAUUGUGGAAGAUUACCUCUUAGUGCCUCUUUUCCAGACAUGGAUGCAACUAACAACAACGAUAGUGCACUGUGUUUCCAAGUAGACCAGGAGUCUCCUGGAAGCUAUUCUUCUGCUUUCACUGAUGUGGGCCGAUUUACUCCAAGGGAGAGAAGAGGAACUACAGACAAAGAGAAACUGCCAGCUAGAGCUGUAUAUGACUUUAAAGCUCAGACUUCUAAAGAGCUGUCCUUUAAGAAAGGAGAUACUGUCUAUAUCCUCAGGAAAAUUGAUCAAAACUGGUAUGAGGGUGAGCACCAUGGAAGAGUUGGAAUAUUCCCUAUUUCUUAUGUUGAGAAACUUUCUCCUCCAGAAAAAGCACAGCCUGCCAGGCCACCUCCCCCUGCACAGAUUGGAGAGAUUGGAGAAGCUGUUGCCAAAUACAAUUUCAGUGCAGACACAAAUGUGGAGUUAUCACUUAAAAAGGGAGACAGAGUAAUUCUUCUCAAGCGAGUUGAUCAAAACUGGUAUGAAGGUAAAAUACCAGGAACCAACAGACAAGGCAUCUUCCCUGUUUCCUAUGUAGAAGUCAUCAAAAAGAAUGCAUCAAAAAGUGUUGAUGACUAUCCUGAUCCUCCGAUCCCCCAAAGCUAUUCUAGUGACAGAAUACACCAUUUAAGUUCAACUAAGGCUAAUUUAAAGAGAGAGAGAUUUGUUAUGGGUAAACCUCCUCGUAGCCCAGUGAUGACUAAGAGAUCCUGCAGCUCACCUGUCAGAGGUCACAGCUAUUCACACAGGCCACAGCGCCCUGUGCUUUCUCAUGAAAACAUACACAGUGGGGGGGAACCGUUUCAGGCUCUAUAUAACUAUACUCCUAGGAACGAAGAUGAAUUGGAGCUCAGAGAGGGAGAUGUCAUUGAUGUGAUGGAAAAAUGUGAUGAUGGAUGGUUUGUGGGAACCUCGAGAAGAACCAAAUUCUUUGGUACUUUCCCUGGAAACUAUGUCAAGAGGCUGUGAAAUUUUUUUUUCUACUUAUUUAUGCUGCAUCUCUGCAACACAUCUGCAUAAAGCUGCUAGAAAACAUGCUACGCUGGCCUUCUGUUUUCUUGCUUGCAGUCUCAAAUAGAGGCCAUCUAGUUCAUCCUCAUCCCAUCCCACCCGCCAAACCGUUCCAGCAGUAUUACAGCAACGACCACAGAGUGAAUAACUAAGCUUUUCUGAGACAAGAGGAAUCAUUUCAGCAUUUAAACACUCCCUGCUUUAAAGUCUUUUUAUGUGAAACACAAUAGGAAAAGCCUGAUGACAGGUACACAGAGGAAUUGCCUUGGGGGGUGGGGGGAAGGGGGAAAAAGCUAUGCUUGGUUAGAACAUUUGUGGUACUACCGUGAAGUCUGGUGGGAUUUUUUCAGCAUGCAUGUAAUACAGGGGAAAGUUGCUGUUUACUAUUUUUAAAAAAAUUGUUUGAGUUUCCACAUUCUUACUAGCUUGGCAGCAUUUUUUGCUUCCACUUGCUGUAUCACGGGUUUGCCUAUUGUACUGGUUUACAAUGUAUGACAAACUAUAAUAUAGAUUGUUUGCCUGCACUUGUAUGCUGUAACAUAUGCACAGUGAUUGUAAAAUCUCAAAGCAAGCAUAGUGAAAAAUGGAAGAGCUGCAAGUGUUCUGAACGGGUGCAAUGGUAUUGGCUAAAUCUUUUUUUCUUUUUUUCCCCCUAACAAACCUGUAGUGUUUUCUGUAAAAAGGUGAGAAGUGAAAAAGGCAAUAAGACUUGGGAAAGAGGAUUUAAGGAAGAGACAGACAGUGGUAUAAGCAUAGACAAUAAUAACCUGCUACUGAUGUCUGAUACUAAAUGGUUGCAAUCAAAAUGUUGUGAUAGUAAGCAACAUGAAAUGUGAGAGGUUAGUGUUUUUACAUAUCAGGAAUUUUAAUAAGCAGAAAGUAAACAGUGUUAGUGCAAUGGGUUGUUGGGUUUGGGGUUUUUUUCCUAACAUAGCCACCUGAAAAAUAUUCACAAGUAUCAUGUACUGAUUUACUUCACUAUAUUUGUAUAUGUAUAUUAAUGAAACCCAAGUUACACAUUUUUUUUAGGAAUUUAGACAGAAAAAAAAGUCACAAGUAUUAAAACCGAUACAUUUUAGAGGUGUUUUUUUUCUUUUUUUUUCCUGAAUGAAACAAAGUAUUUGAAAACAUACAUUUUCCAUAAGCAAAGGUAAGCAUAAAAUUAGCAAAUAAAAUUAAGGCACAGGACGAUAAUGGCUAUGGCUUUAUAAAAUAAAAUUUCAGAUUUGGUUUCUUCAGCACCUUAUAGAUGGCAAAAGCUUCUGCUGCAUUUCUCAUGGGUAAAGGAUCGAAAUUAUCAAAAUGUAUGUAGUCUCUGUAGCAUUUUGUACAUAUGUUUGCUUUUUUGUACAGAGCCAUUUGGUUGUUGAUUUUUAAAAAAAAUAAGUUCCUUAUUUGAUCUUUGCCCUCUUUACAUACAGAACAUUUCAAUGCAUUUUUCUUUUCUUGCUCUGUUUACCAUAAGUACAUCUGGAUAGUGCAAUUCUGUAAGAUAGCAUUUUAUGCAAAAUUUUAUUAAUUAAAAUAUGGUUUACCAGCCAAAUCUAAAUGUACAUAUGUCUUUAUUACUGAGAAAUGUCAUUAAGACAAAGGUAAAGAAACAUCUUUGUGCAGCAUACCUUUAUUAUUGCAGAUUUCAUGGCAAAAGCUUUAUAUUCAAAGGCUUUCAAUUUUAAACUAGAUCUGCAUGCAGCUUUGCUGUGAAAUUAAUACCUAUCUUUGAUGCCAUUUAUGAUUGAAGACUUAAAUAUCUGUUGCCUGUGAUAUUUAAAAAGUACUGUUUCUACUCUGUAUCUGAUUUUAGAAAAAUGCAGGUUUUUCAUACCUGACUUUCAGGUAACUGACUUUGAAUUCCUACAAGCAAAAGGUCUCUGUGUUUGUUUUUUUUUUCUUGAAUAGACUUCUAAUAAAUUUUGCUUGGAGUACA